GCUCCCCGUCUUCUUCCUGCUUAGCUUUCUCCGACUCCGAAAAGGCACUGUCUCACAGGAAUUUUUUUAUUUUUUUAUUCUGCGUUUGGGUACGACUGACGAAGCCUUUUCUGGCCAUUCUUCACCUUCUCCUGUCGCCCCUUCCGUUACCUUCAAAAAGUACUGCUUCCAUGGCCGCACUUCCGCUCUUCAGAUCUGCACCCGCCGCUUCUUUUGUUCAAGCAUCUCUUUCCUCCUCUUCUGCCGAUCAGUUUACGGCCUCGUACGUUAAUUUGAAUUCUUCGAAGUUUCAAUCGAGCAUUUUCGGUGCCCAUGGUCCAAGCGGUUCACUUUCCUUGCAGCUUCGUAGAACCCAGAAUAUUCAGCCUAUUAGAGCUACAGCCACUGAAAUGCCUCCGACGGUUCAGAAACCAAGGAGCGGUGGAAAGACAAAGAUCGGAAUCAAUGGUUUUGGACGUAUUGGAAGGUUGGUAUUGCGGAUUGCAACCUCGAGGGAUGAUAUUGAUGUAGUUGCAGUUAAUGACCCUUUUGUUGAUGCAAAGUACAUGGCAUACAUGUUCAAGUUUGAUUCUACACAUGGUAAUUUUAAGGGGACGAUUAACAUUGUGGAUGAUUCAACUUUGGAAAUCAAUGGGAAACAAAUAAAAGUUUCAAGUCAAAGGGAUCCAGCAGAAAUUCCUUGGGGCGAGUUUGGGGUCGAGUUUGUUGUUGAAUCCUCUGGGAUUUUCACAACGACAAACAAGGCAUCGGCGCACUUGAAGGGUGGAGCCAGGAAAGUAGUCAUAUCAGCCCCAUCAGCUGAUGCACCUAUGUUCGUUGUUGGAGUUAACGAGAAGACAUAUAAGCCUAGCAUGGAUAUUGUUUCAAAUGCGAGUUGUACCACGAAUUGUCUCGCUCCUCUUGCGAAGGUGGUUCAUGAGGUUUUUGGUAUCGCAGAAGGUUUGAUGACCACCGUGCAUGCAACUACAGCUACUCAAAAAACUGUUGAUGGCCCCUCAAUGAAGGAUUGGCGUGGGGGUCGUGGAGCUGCACAAAAUAUCAUCCCGAGUUCUACCGGUGCUGCAAAGGCUGUGGGAAAAGUUCUUCCUGAGCUCAACGGAAAACUUACGGGGAUGGCAUUUCGUGUUCCAACACCUAAUGUAUCUGUUGUGGACUUGACUUGUAAACUAGAGAAGAGCGCUUCUUAUGAAGAUGUCAAGGCUGCAAUCAAGUAUGCCUCAGAAGGCCCACUUCAGGGUAUCCUCGGUUACACAGAUGAGGACGUUGUCUCAAAUGAUUUUGUUGGUGACUCAAGGUCAAGUAUAUUUGAUGCAAAGGCCGGAAUAGGUCUCAGCGACUCCUUCAUGAAACUUGUCUCCUGGUAUGACAACGAGUGGGGAUACAGCAACCGAGUGUUGGACCUCAUAGAGCACAUGGCGUUGGUGGCAGCCAAGAAGUGAAGACUAUUACGAGAGGUUUAGAUUUCUGCCACUUUACAAGAAUUUUGUGGAAGAUCACAAAUCGUCGAGUCUUUUGAUCACUCUCUGUUCUUCAUCGUCUUGAACAAUGUAAACAUUCCAUUUAAGCUUGAAAAUAAUUAUGAAAAACAAUUUUCGGAUUGACGCUGUUAAAGCGCAUCACCUUAUCAAAUAACGGGGUUAGAAUAACCUUACCAUCUUCA